AUGCAACGCCAAUUGGGUUUCAGCGUGGUUAGGCUGCAGCUCCAAAAUAGCACGAUGGGAUGGAAUGCUGAACGCCAAUGGAGUCGGGCGCUAAAAUCACAUGACCUACGGCGCCCGCCGAAAGCUUCCAAGGUUACUAGUAUUAGGCCACUAGGGCAAAAGAGCUCAAUCACCAACCAGCGCCGUGGUGGUAUAGAGGUAAGUCGAAGCAUUAAUUUCUCCAGUCUUAGGUUCGCAAGCCGACGUGGUAGAGCCGACGUGGCAGCGACCCAUAAAUUGAUUGCUAGAAGUCUCUGGACCCAGAAGACAAAUGGGCGCCGGAAAUACAUCUCUAUGGGCGUAGCUAGGGAUGAGAAGGGAGAAAGCGACGAAGUGGAGGAGUACAAGCAAAAACUAGAGAAAAAUAUCAAGACUAAGAUAAAACGAAAAUGA